GUCUAUGGGACCGUGACACCUUCCCAAAGAAGUUGUUCGCCAAUGAAGAUUUGAGCUGCACAAUUCAGGAGAUCAUUCCAGUCCAAGAGAUUUGGUCACUUUCCGAUGUUAAUGAGGAUGGAUGGCUGGAUUUGGCCGAAUUCUGUACGGCUAUGCACUUGAUUGUGCUUCGAGUCAAGGGAGAACUACCAGUACCGCCUAUACUACCGCCAGCCUUGAAGCCUCCAAUGACCGCUCCACGGACACAGUCACAAGUCUCGUCCGAAGGAUCAAGACCUUCAGGCGAGUCACAGACGACGAGCACCACCAUGCAGCAAAACGAGGGACCGGAUGGACGGCCAAAUACAUUUACACGGAGCGAGGGCAACUUGUCGUCACAAAUCGAGAAGGAACCUCCGCAAUUCUCGGAUGUUCCUCCAUUGUUAGUCGACAGUCGUCCGCUACCCAUUAAAAGCACUUCCGAUUCGGCCUUUACCCGAUGCGUUGUUGAUGUUAAGAAGUCCACAGGGACCCCCACCUGCUCCUCCAUCCAGACCAUCGAAUCGAAGUCAUAUGAGAAAAUCUCCCAAUCAACGGCAUCAGCGGACCUUCAUCUGCUCGCCACAUGUCAAUCCCUUCGAAUCCAGUUCAUGCGCCUCCAGUACCCAGCCGAUCUGAGCAUGGAUCCGCCGUCCUACCCACGCUGGCACAUGUUGGGAACCCCGAGCCGAAGGAACCUACACAAAAACCGAUUCCCGGAAACCGAGCACAAAUGGAUUGAUCCUAGCCAUGUGGAGAAUUUUAUUAAAAAUUUUGGCUCUCAAUUCCAAGAAUUAUGGGAUCGGGAGGAGCGCUUUGAAAGCGGGAGAACGAGAGUGAUGCCGAGAAAUGGGAGCGACGAGUUGCAGCCC